AUGGCUCUAACUAAAAAGCCGGUGAUAAAACCUAUUUUUAUCUCUAACCUUGACCAGAUCGAGAAGGUAGAGAAGGUAGAGAAAACGAGAGAACAGGCUCUGAAUGACAUCAGGGAAAAGCUAAAAUCCAACAAACUGAAACAAGAGGAAAAGGCAAGAGAGGAAAAGGAGAAGCAGGCAACCGUCAUGUCUUGGUCUCCUUCACCAAUUGUCGCAAAGAAAAGUUCCAGUUGGGGUUCACAGAGUUCUGGGAGUAGUGGCAGUGGUACUGAGUCUCCUGCGAUAAGAGACUUUAGGCGAAAACAGUCACGAGAAUUGUUUGGGGACUUCAAGUUGAACAUCCCUUUAAAACAAUCCAAAUCUGCUCAGAGUAUCAUGGUGCUAAACUCAGAUAACUCUAGUAAUUCAUCUAAACGACCAUCGUUUAACAAAGGUCGCUCAGAGAGUGUUCUUCAGUUUACGGCUUCAAACAACAAACUGGAUUCUAUUUGGUUACACAAGAUGACCACCAUCUCAAGACAGCAUUCAGUUGUUUCGUCCCUUGAUGGACAAGAUCCGAACGAGGAGGACGACAUCAUGGAAGAUGUUGAACAAUUUCAUGUGGUAUCAGGGACCACUACCCCAUUGGACAUCCCCAGCAGCUGCCAUCAUUCACCAGGGGACUCUGAGUAUUUGGAUGACGCAGAUUUCGUCGCCGUCUCUCCGAAGUCGCAACCCCCCAGUAUGAGUGACUUAGCAGACUACUACAAUCAGAACCAGUUCCUUUGA